AUUGUUGUUUUCCUAUCUAUAUGGUGUAAAUUCCCGAGAAGAAAGAAGGUUGUGAAGUUAACUUCCGGCAAGUAAUCCGACAAUGCAAGCUUCGACAAUUUUACUCUAUGGUCUUGUUCUGAUUCAGCUGUUUGCUGCUCAAACAAAUGCUAAAAGAUCUAGAAGUCCAUGGCAGACACUCAGUGGUGAUGCUCCUCUUGUAAUUGCUAGUGGUGGGUUUUCUGGAUUGUUUCCAGACUCGAUUCUUGAUGCUUAUAAGCUCGCAAUGCAGACAAGUGUACCCGGUGCUGUUCUAUGGUGUGAUGUUCAGUUAACCAAAGAUGACUUUGGCAUUUGCUACCCUGAUUUAAAGCUGAACAAUCACUCAACUAUUGAAAGUGUCUACCCAAAACGCCGAAAAUCUUAUCUGGUUAACGGAGUCCCUACUAACGGUUGGUUCACCAUUGAUUUCUCCUUGAGAGAUCUCAAGAAUGUUUCUUUGAUCCAAGGAAUAUUAUCACAGACAGGAAAAAUUGAUGGAAAUGGAUUCUCAAUUUUAACGGUCCAAGAUGUAACAGCGCAGAUAAAACCAGAAAGUAUUUGGUUAAAUGUUCAGCACGAUGCAUUCUAUGCUCAACAUAAUCUGAGCAUGAGCAGCUUUCUGGUAUCAGCUUCAAGAACUGUUUCCAUUGACUACAUCUCUUCCCCUGAACUGAAUUUCUUUCAGAAACUUACCGGCCAUUUCGGGCGUAACGGACCAAGUUUUGUGUUCAAAUUUCUUGGAAAAGAAGAUUUUGAGCCGACAACAAAGCGAACAUAUGGUUCUAUCUUGAGUAACCUAACUUAUGUCAAGACGUUUGCUUCAGGAAUUCUCGUUCCGAAAUCGUACAUAUUGCCACUGGAUGACAAGCAGUACUUGCUUCCUCCUACAUCCUUAGUUCACGAUGCUCAUAAAGCUGGAUUACAAGUAUAUGUGUCAGGUUUUUCCAAUGAUGCUGAUAUUGCAUAUAACUACAGUUUCGAUCCAGUGUCUGAGUAUCUAUCUUUUAUGGACAAUGGUGAUUUCUCUGUCGAUGGUGUGCUCUCUGAUUUUCCCAUAACUGCAUCUGCAUCAAUUGACUGCUUCUCCCACAUUGGCAGAAACGCUACAAAACAAGUGGAUUUUCUUGUUAUAUCAAAACAUGGAGCGAGUGGGGACUAUCCUGGAUGUACAAAUCUGGCAUAUGAUAAGGCAAUCAAAGAUGGAGCUGAUGUUAUCGACUGCUCGGUCCAAAUGUCCAGGGAAGGAAAACCCUUUUGCUCAAAUUCCAUUGAUCUCGAGAAAAGCACAAUGGCCGCCCAGACUCCUCUUAGAAACCGUUCAACAAUUAUUCCUGAGAUUAGCUCACAUGCUGGAAUAUACACUUUUAGUCUCACAUGGCCUGAGAUCUACAACUUGACUCCUGCGAUUUCAAACCCUUACAGGAAUCCGAAUGAGAGAGAUUCUGGGAGGAUUAUGUCACUCUUUGAAUUUCUGAACUUGGCAAAGAACUCCACUUCUCUCUCUGGUAUUUUGAUCAGUGUAGAGAAUGCAGUGUACCUUAGAGAGAAGAAAGGUCUCGACCUUGCUAAAGCGGUUCUUGAUACACUCACGGAAGCUGGUUACAGCAAUGGAACGACCACGAAAAGAGUCAUGAUACAGUCGACGAACAGCUCGGUUUUAGUUGACAUCAAAAAGCAGAGCAAGUAUGAGACUGUCUACAAAGUUGAAAAAACAAUUGAUGAUAUUAGUGACUCUGCUAUCGAAGACAUAAAGAAAUUCGCUGACGCUGUUGUCAUCAUAAAACCAUCAGUCCUUCCCUUAUGUGAUGAUUCAUUUGUCACUGGGAAAACCAAUGUAGUGGAGAGGCUGCAGAAGUCUAAGCUCCUGGUCUAUGUGGAACUGUUUCAGAAUGAGUUUGUAUCUGAUGCAACAGUUGAGAUAAACUCAUAUAUCACUGGAGCCGGUAUCAAUGGAACCAUCACAGAGUUUCCUCUUACCGCUUCAAAAUACAAAAGGAAUCGAUGUCUGGGAACGAAAGAAACUCUACCGUACAUGGCCCCUGUUAUACCUCGCGGUCUCUUACAAACGGUGAAUCCUUUAUCUCCAGCCCCAGCUCCAAGCCCAGCUCCAAGCCCAGUUUUCACAGAUGAUUAUGUCGCUGGGCCACCACUACCUCCAAACCUUAGUUUCACAAAUGAUGGUCGUUACAAACUAUGCAGCCAACCGUUUAGCUGUGGCGAUCAGAAGGAUCUAUUGUACCCUUUCUGGAUACCUGAGAGAGAAGAGUGCGGCUACCCCGGCUUCAUGCUCAAUUGCAGCAGUGGAUUCGCAGAGCUGACUCUCUCCUCCGUGAAGUUCAGAAUCUUAAUGGCAAACUAUGACUUACAUUACAUAACUCUCGCCAGAAUGGAUUAUACCGACAAUCUUUGUCCCUCAAAUCCACGAAAUGAACAAUUCAACCAAAGCGCCCUUCAAUUCGAUCCCGGCACCAAGCUGCUAACAAUUUUAUAUGGCUGCCGGGACUUACCAUCAAAUAUUUCUAAUAGCCUAGUUUACAAUUACGUUACAGAUUUUCAAUGUGAGGGUGGUAUGGAAGGGCUAAGAAACUACUGCUUUGUGAAAAACACCUCGUCUGCUUUGCUCUACAUGAGGGAUGGCACUAAAGACUUGGAGAAAAAUUGCAAAAAGGAAGUCAGUAUACCUGUUUGUGACUCGACGUUAUCCAGUCUGCGUUCAGAUAAUCCAAACAAGUCUCUUGAAAAGGGUUUCAAUCUUGAAAUUAAACAAGACUGCUUAGUGUGCUUAGAAUCCAACGGUGCUUGUGGAUAUAAUCGCGGAUUCGUCUGCUAUUGUGGCGAUGGGACUCAUGGACAUAACUGUUAUGGGUCUUUGGUCAACGCAAUCCACAAAGGAUCUUGGAUCAAUGUAAUUCUCAAAGUUGCGGGUUCGAUAGCAGGCGUUGUUCUGUUCGUGAUCUUAUUAUUAUUCUUUCGUCAUUAUCUACGGAUGAAAGAAUUACGUCUGAGACAACAGAACCUGAAGUCCCUCAUUCCACUCAAACACUACACUUAUGCACAGGUGAAAAGAAUUACAAAGUCAUUUGCGGAAGUGGUCGGGAGAGGCGGAUUUGGAAUUGUUUAUAGAGGAACUCUUUCUGAUGGCCGUAUGGUUGCGGUGAAACUCUUGAAAGAUUCAAAGGGUAAUGGUGAAGAUUUCACCAAUGAAGUUGCAAGCAUGAGCCAAACUUCUCAUCUCAACAUUGUUACCUUGCUUGGUUUCUGCUCUGAAGGUUCCAAACGAGCAAUUAUAUAUGAAUUUUUGGGAAAUGGAUCUCUUGAUAAAUUCAUCUCAGACAAGUCCUCGGUGAAUUUGGAUUGGGCGACAUUGUAUCAAAUUGCGUUAGGAGUUGCCCGUGGUCUGGAGUACUUGCAUCAUGGCUGCAAAACAAGGAUUGUACAUUUCGACAUCAAACCACAAAAUGUACUCUUAGAUGAAAACUUUUGCCCCAAAGUUUCGGACUUUGGGCUUGCUAAGCUCUGUGAGAAGAAAGAGAGUGUCUUGUCAUUGCUGGACACAAGAGGUACAGUAGGGUACAUUGCACCAGAAAUGAUUUCAAGAGUUUAUGGGAGCGUGUCUUACAAGUCAGAUGUUUAUAGCUAUGGAAUGUUAGUUCUUGAGAUGAUUGGUGCAAGGAACAAAGAAAGCGCUCAUCAAGACUCUGCUUCUAACACAAGUUCAAUAUACUUUCCUGAAUGGGUAUAUAGGGAUCUUGAAUUAGGAAAGCCUAGAAGGCUUAUUGAGGACGGAAUCAACAAUGAGGAAGAGGAGGUAGCAAAGAAGAUGGCAUUGGUGGGUUUGUGGUGUAUUCAGCCUUCCCCAUUAGAUCGGCCACCAAUGAACAGAGUCGUAGAGAUGAUGGAAGGAAGUCUUGAAGCUCUUGAAGUGCCUCCAAGGCCUGUCUUGCAGCAAAUUCCCACGGCAGCUCUUCAGGAAUCUCUAACGCUUUCAGAUAGUUUGGUUUAAGCAGAAUGUUUGAUAUCUGUAGCCCUUUGAAAUUUAUCAAAGCGCAGAAGCAGCGAUACAUGUAUCUGAGAAAUGUCAUAUAAUGUCUAUAUUUCGAAAAAAGUGAAAACAUAUGUUAAAUUAGUUUGUUGAGUGGUGUUAUCUUAAAUUGCUCAAGUUCAGAUCAA